UUCAUCAUGUCUUCUGGAGGUCUUCUUCUCCUGCUGGGACUCCUCAGCCUGUGGACAGAGCUGACCCCUGUCUCCGGCCAGGACCGUCCAAAGUAUUGUGAUCUUCCUGCUGACCCCGGACCAUGUAGAGCAAGAAUAACUCGCUUCUACUACAACUCGGAUUCCAAACAAUGCGAGGAGUUUAAUUACGGUGGAUGCCAUGGGAAUGAGAAUAAUUUUAAGACCAAAGAUAAAUGUCACUACACCUGUGUUGAAAAACCUGGGGUGUGUGGCAAGGCUCCUCCAGUAAUCACUAUUUGUCCUGUGAGAUGUCGAAGUGACUGGGAAUGUGAUGGGAAGCAGAAGUGUUGCACUUACGGUUGCGUUACCGACUGCAUGGAUGUUAGCUAAGUCUCACCAGCGAGGAUCCGAAAUUGGAUCUAGUGUUUCAGCUUGACCCAAAGAGCCUUCUUCUGUCCUGGAUCAUCC